AUGGAGUUAGAUUUAAUAUUAAACACAACUAAAACAGAUGUGCCCAAUAUUGAUAUAUUGUAUACCCUUAAUAUUUCACAGACCCAUCUUACUAUUCUGCGUAAUGCUCUGCCUCAAAAUUAUAAUUAUAUUAUUGAUUCAUUUGAAGCAGCUCAACUUUAUAACUUUUUGGGCGCACAGGAAGAACCGUUCAAGUUAAAAUUCCAUAUAAAUACUUGUACAAUUGAUAGUACCAAGGCUUGGUUUAAUGAUCAUGAUCUAAAUACUGAAACUGUGGAUAAUCAAAAAGUAAUUAGUACACGUACAAGGGAUACUAAUUGCACUGCGACACUCAGUUUACAACUACAAAACAAGUAUGAUACUCAUCCAUGCAUAGUAUCCAUGUUGUUUCAUCAUAAUCAUCCUCUCAUAUCGGGACAUGUUACAGGCUUUCAUUCUGUAUCUAAUGAGACAAAACAAGCAUUCUAUGAACUUUUUCGUGUUGGGCAUAACCCUGCUAGUGUGUAUCACACAUAUUUAGAGAAAAUGCAAUUGAAAUACGAAAAUGACGAGGAGAUUUUGGCAGAUAGGGCUAUUUGCCCGUACAAAUAUGAUGUUUAUUACCUUGAAAAAUUUCUCAAUAUAUCUGUUGGUGCAAAAAAUGGAAAAGAGAUGUUUAGUCGUUUGGCUAAGAAGCCUUAUGUUGCUCCAAUGGAGACCGAUUCUGGUCAACCAUUUAUUCUUAUCAUUUUAACUAAUUUAAUAAAGUGCUGUCACACUUUACAACAAGCUGAAGAAUUAAUAUUUAUGGAUACAACAGCAAGUCUUGAUGUUCUUAACACAUAA